GGCGGGGGCUGGCGGCGGCGGGAGCGGCGCCGCGCCGAGCUGCCUCCAUCCAUGGCACGGAGAGGCGGCGGCGGCAGCAGCAGGAGCCCGGCGCGAUCCGCUAGGUUCCAGAUCAGCGCGGAGCGAGCAGGCGACGUGGAGGGGCCCGGCCUCGGGCGGCCCGGCAGCACAGCGCAGAGACUCGGGCCGCGCCGCCGGGGGCCGCCCGCGCCGCGCUGACAGCCGCGCCCGCGUCCUCCCCGCCGGGGCGCUCGCCGGACAUGCCCCCGGGGCGCGGCGGCGGGGAUCCCGGGGCUUGCCUCCGCCCAGGGCCCCCCGCCCCGCCCUCGGACGCCCCGGGCCCCCGCUGAGCACGCCUCCCGCAAGCCCAGGUCCAUCUGGCCGGCGCACAGACGGGCCCCAGAGCUGUGGGUCCCCGCGGGGCGAUGGGCUGAUGGGCGCCGCGGGACGCAGGAUGCUGGGGGCGCCAGCGCGCCUGCUGCUGCCGCUGCUGCCGUGGCUACUACUCCUGGCGCCCGAGACCCGGGGUGCGCCCGGCUGCCCCGUCCCCAUUCGCAGCUGCAAAUGCUCGGGGGAGCGGCCCAAGGGGCUGAGCGGCGGCGCCCCCAACCCGGCGCGCAGGAGAGUGGUGUGCGGCGGCGGGGACCUUCCGGAGCCUCCCGAGCCCAGCCUUCUGCCUAACGGCACCGUCACCCUGCUCCUGAGCAACAACAAGAUUACUGCGCUCCGGAACGGAUCCUUCUUGGGACUGUCCCUGCUGGAGAAGCUGGACCUGAGGAACAACGUCAUCAGCACGGUGCAGCCUGGUGCCUUCCUGGGCCUGGGGGAGCUGAAGCGUUUAGAUCUCUCCAACAACCGGAUUGGCUGUCUGACGUCUGAGACCUUCCAAGGCCUCCCCAGACUUCUCCGUCUAAACAUAUCUGGAAACAUCUUCUCCAGUGUGCAACCUGGGGUCUUUGAUGAGCUGCCAGCCCUUAAGGUGGUCGAUCUUGGCACUGAGUACCUGACAUGUGACUGUCGCCUCCGCUGGCUGCUGUCCUGGGCCCGGAAUCGCUCCCUGCAGCUCUCCGAGCGCACCCUCUGUGCCUACCCCAGUGCCCUACACGCCCAGGCCCUGGGGGGCCUCCAGGAAGCCCAGCUGCGCUGCGAAGGGGCCCUGGAGCUGCACACGCACCACCUCAUCCCAUCCCUGCGCCAAGUCGUGUUCCAGGGUGACCGGCUGCCCUUCCAGUGCUCUGCCAGCUACCUGGGCAAUGACACUCGCAUCCGCUGGUACCACAACCGGGCCCCCCUGGAAGGCGACGAGCAGGCGGGCAUCCUCCUGGCAGAGAGCCUCAUCCACGACUGCACUUUCAUCACCAGCGAGCUGACCCUGUCUCACAUCGGCGUGUGGGCGUCAGGGGAGUGGGAGUGCUCCGUGUCCACGGCGCAGGGCAACGCCAGCAAGAAGGUGGAGAUUGUGGUGCUGGAGACCUCCGCCUCCUACUGCCCUGCUGAGCGAGUCGCCAACAACCGCGGGGACUUCAGGUGGCCUCGAACUCUGGCUGGCAUCACAGCCUACCAGUCCUGCCUACAGUACCCCUUCACCUCGGUGCCCCUGAGCGGGGGUGCCCCAGGCACCCGAGCCUCCCGCCGGUGUGACCGAGCUGGCCGCUGGGAGCCAGGGGACUACUCCCAUUGUCUGUACACCAACGACAUCACCCGGGUGCUCUACACCUUCGUGCUGAUGCCCAUCAAUGCCUCCAACGCACUGACCCUGGCUCACCAGCUGCGAGUGUACACAGCCGAGGCAGCCAGCUUCUCUGACAUGAUGGAUGUUGUCUAUGUGGCUCAGAUGAUCCAGAAAUUUCUGGGUUACGUUGACCAGAUCAAAGAGCUGGUGGAAGUGAUGGUGGACAUGGCCAGCAAUCUGAUGCUGGUGGACGAGCACCUGCUGUGGCUGGCCCAGCGUGAGGACAAGGCCUGCAGUGGCAUCGUGGGCGCCCUGGAGCGCAUUGGGGGGGCUGCCCUCAGCCCCCACGCCCAGCACAUCUCCGUGAACUCAAGGAAUGUGGCACUGGAGGCCUAUCUCAUCAAACCACACGGCUACGUGGGGCUGACCUGCACAGCCUUCCAGAGAAGGGAGGCAGGGGUGCCGGGCAUGCAGCCCGGGGGCCCUGGCCAGAACCCCUCACCGGAGCCUGAGCCCCUGGCUGAUCAGCAGCUCCGCUUCCGCUGUACCACAGGGAGACCCAGCAUUUCUCUGUCGUCUUUCCACAUCAAGAACAGCGUGGCCCUGGCCUCCAUCCAGCUGCCGCCCAGUCUGUUCUCGUCCCUUCCGGCUGCCCUGGCCCCCCCUGUCCCCCCAGACUGCACCCUGCAACUGCUGGUCUUCCGAAAUGGCCGCCUCUUCCGCAGCCACGGCAACACCUCCCGCCCUGGAGCUGCUGGGCCUGGCAAGAGGCGCGGUGUGGCCACCCCUGUCAUCUUUGCAGGAACCAGUGGCUGCGGUGUGGGCAACCUGACCGAGCCAGUGGCCAUUUCGCUUCGGCAUUGGGCUGAGGGGGCUGAGCCUGUGGCAGCUUGGUGGAGCCAGGAUGGGCCUGGGGGCCCCGGGGGUUGGAGCUCCGAGGGCUGCCAGCUCCGCUCCAGCCAGCCCAAUGUCAGCUCCCUGCACUGCCAGCACCUGGGCAAUGUGGCCGUGCUCAUGGAGCUGAGUGCCUUCCCCAGGGCAGUGGGGGGCUCUGGGGCAGGGCUGCAUCCCGUCGUGUACCCCUGCACGGCCCUGCUUCUGCUCUGCCUCUUUUCCACCAUCAUCACCUACAUCCUCAACCACAGCUCCAUCCACGUGUCCCGGAAGGGCUGGCACAUGCUGCUGAACCUGUGCUUCCACAUGGCCAUGACCUCCGCCGUCUUUGCAGGAGGCAUCACACUCACCAACUACCACAUGGUCUGCCAGGCAGUGGGCAUCACUCUGCACUACUCUUCAUUGUCCACACUGCUCUGGAUGGGCGUGAAGGCCCGUGUCCUCCACAAGGAGCUCACCUGGAGAGCGCCCCCUCCACAAGAAGGGGACUUGGCUCCACCCGCACCCCGCCCCAUGCUCCGGUUCUAUCUGAUCGCCGGAGGCAUCCCACUCAUUAUUUGUGGCAUCACAGCUGCGGUCAACAUCCACAACUACCGGGACCACAGCCCCUACUGCUGGCUGGUGUGGCGUCCAAGCCUAGGAGCCUUCUACAUCCCGGUGGCUUUGAUUCUGCUGAUCACCUGGAUCUAUUUCCUGUGUGCGGGACUGCGCUUAAGGGGUCCUCUGGCACAGAGCCCAAAGGGGGGCACCAGCAGGGUGUCCCUGGAGACAGGGGAGGAACUGAGGGGUUCCACCAGGCUUAGGAGCAGCGGCCCCCUCCUGAAUGACUCAGGUUCCCUUCUGGCAACUGGGAGUGCUGGGGUGGUGACACCCGGGCCCCCAGAGGAUGGUGAUGGCCUCUAUUCUCCGGGCGUCCAACUGGGGGCGCUGGUGACCACUCAUUUCCUGUAUCUGGCCAUGUGGGCCUGUGGGGCUCUGGCUGUGUCCCAGCGCUGGCUGCCCAGGGUGGUGUGCAGCUGCUUGUAUGGGGCGGCGGCCUCCGCCCUGGGACUCUUUGUCUUCACCCACCAUUGUGCCCGGCGCCGGGAUGUUAGGGCCUCCUGGCGAGCCUGCUGCCCCCAGGCCUCAGCCUCCCGCGCCUCACCCCGGGCUGUGCCCGCCGCCCCAGAGGACGGUUCCCCGGUAUUCGGAGAGGUCCCCGCCUCCCUCAAGUCCUCCCCGAGUGGCAGCAGCGGCCACGCGCCGUCCCUGGGCCCCUGCAAGCUCACCAACCUGCAGCUAGCCCAGAGUCAGGUGUGCGAGGUGGGGGUGGUGGCCCGCGGGGAAGGGGAGCCGGAGCCCAUGGGCUCCCGGGGCAGCCUCGCUCCCCGCCACCCCAACAACUUGCACCAUGGGCGCCGAGUGCACAAGAAUCGGGCCAAGGGGCACCGCGCGGGGGAGGCCGGCGCCAAGAACCGGCUCAAGGUGCUGCGCGGGGGAGCGGCGGCCGGGGCGCCUGAGCUGCUGUCCAGUGAGAGCGGCAGCUUGCACAACAGCCCGUCUGACAGCUACCAGGGCAGCAGCCGCAACAGCCCGGGCCUUCAGCUCGAGGGCGAGCCCAUGCUCACGCCGUCGGAGGGCAGCGACACGAGCGCAGCACCGCUUCCCGAGGCCGGCCGGUCGGGCCAGCGCCGCAGCUCCAGUCGCGACAACCUCAAGGGCGGUGGGGCCAGCGCGGAGCGGGAGGGCAAGCGGCGCUCAUACCCGCUCAACGCCGCCAGCCUCAACGGCGCACCCAAGGGGGCCAAGUACGACGACCUCGGCGGGGCGGACACGGCGGUCAGCGCCUGCAUGAAGACGGGUCUCUGGAAGAGCGAGACCACCGUCUAGGGCAGGGGUGGGCGAUGCUGCAGAACACGCCGGCUUCUCGGGGACCCUCAAAGACGUCCAGCGGUACGUCAGCAGAUUUGAGGGAGAGGUGCCCAGGGCUUCCUCCGGCCACACUGGCUUUAGUCCCGGAAGCUGGGGAAAAGGACAGGCCAAAGGCCUGCCACUGCCAAGAGGGCCGUCCCUCUGGGCUAGCGACAAUCCCAGGACCGCCAGCAGGAUACACACCUUCCCAGCCCAGGCUAGUUUGGGCAGUGGACUGUGCCAUCCAGGGUAGUGGGGGAAGGUCCUGUCCGCCUGGGAGGUGGGCACAGGCACAGCUCCCAGGUGGGCUCCUUCGGUACUCCCCACAUCUCAUCCACCCUGCCUCGCUGGUGGCUGUCCCUAUCAGGAAAACACAGACGGGAGCUUGAGAACCAUGUUCUCUCCUCACUGCCCUCUACAGUCAGCCAUCUGUGCCUAGAUCCUAGGGCCUCUCCCCAAUCCAGCUUCCAGAGCAAGGAGGGGGCCAGUCUAGCAGAUAAGCCAGGCGGCCAGGCGCAUACGUGCUACUUUUACGAUAAACUAUGCAAGAGAAGGUGGAACAGUGCGAAAGGCAACCCUGGAGAUGGUGUUCUAGGGAAAGGGUACACAGUCGGGGACACAGGAGUGGUAUACAAAGCACAGGGCAGGGCUUAAGAGGUGGUGCUUUAGGACAAAGCCGAGGCCCUGUUCCUGAGCUGCUGACUCCGCCAGACACCCAGGAGAGAUCGGAGGCAACUGGAGAGCAGUGCUUAGAUUUCGAGCCCCAUGCAGUCCUGGCCUAAACCUGGCCCUGUAAACAGUGCUCUGAAGAGGCACCACAAGGCCCCAGGUGGUGCUAAAGGAGCACUUCACUGCUCAAUGGCAAGCCCCAUAGCCUCAGUCUCCCCCUGCCAACACUGAGGGACUGUGGAAGAGCAUUUCCCUGCCUCCAUGAGGCCAUAUGCAAGAACCAUUCCAAAAAUCUGAUCUCUAGCUCCUUAUUAGGGAGAAACCUCCCAAACAUUGAACUGCCUUCCUGCCUCACAGAAGCCCAAGCUGAAUCCCCUAGGGCAGCAGGUAGGAUCUCUGAAGCUCACGUGGGGCCUGUGCCUUCACUACUUUUUUCAACACCAGCAUCCAUAUUUCCCCCAACCUAAAAAGCAAUCACCAGCCUUACUACAGGACCCAAUGAAAUAUGGAGGGAAAGCUGAGCCUGGUGAAGAGGAACAGGAAAACCAGACCUGAUCCAGGUCCCCUCUUGGUGUCCACAUCCUCACAGUCUAAUCACCAAGGCAAAAGACAAAAGGGAGGGGAGAAAAGUUACACACCUUGGGGAUGAAUCCUGUUAUUUAUGCUUGCUGCACAGACAAUAUUAGACCAAAAAAAAAAAAAAAAAAAAGGCAAAAAAAAAAAAAAAGCUUCGUAUUAUUCUUCCACAUACGCUGGCUGCUGUUUACAUACCAUGCCAAUGCCUUAGCACUGGAGAGCUUUUUGCAAUACGCUGAGGGAAAGGGAGGGAGGGGAUGAAAAGUGCCAAAGAAAACCUGUUUUUAAAAGCUCGGGUUUUAUACAAUAGAAUGUUUUCUAGCAGAUGCCUCUUGUUUUAAUAUAUUAAAAUUUUGCAAAGCCCUUUGA